GAAGGGUGGGGAUGGCUAGGGCUUCGAGCUGAGGCAGGAACUGGUGGACUGGUGGGCUGCUGCACUGAAGUGGGAGCCAGAGCUGGAGUCGGAACCCGAGCGUUACCAUGUCCACGCAGAGACUUCGGGAUGAGGACUACCGGGACUACAGCUCCACCGACGCGAGCCCGGAGGAGAGCCCGUCCGAAGGCCUGAACAACUUCUCUUCCUCAGGGUCCUACAUGCGGUUUGGGGAAAGCAACAGCACAACAUGGUUCCAGACCCUGAUCCACCUGCUAAAAAGCAACAUUGGCACAGGACUCCUGGGGUUGCCUCUGGCGGUGAAAAAUGCAGGCAUCUUGAUGGGUCCCCUCAGCCUGUUGGUGAUCGGCCUCGUGGCUGUGCACUGCAUGAGUAUCCUGGUGAAGUGCGCGCACCACUUCUGCUACAGACUGAACAAGCCUUUCGUGGACUAUGGGGAUACGGUGAUGUAUGGCCUGGAAGCCAGCCCUGUCUCCUGGCUCCGGAACCACGCGCACUGGGGAAGGCACAUUGUGGACUUCUUCCUAAUCGUCACGCAGCUGGGAUUCUGUUGUAUCUAUUUUGUCUUUCUGGCUGACAACUUUAAACAGGUGAUAGAAAUGGCCAAUGGGACCACCAGCAACUGCUACAACAACGAGACAGUGAUCCUGACGCCCACUAUGGACUCGAGACUCUACAUGCUCACGUUUCUGCCGUUCAUGGUGCUGCUGGUGUUCGUCAGGAACCUCCGAGCCCUGUCCAUCUUCUCCCUGUUGGCCAAUAUCACCAUGGCAGUCAGCCUGGUCAUGAUCUACCAGUUCACUGUCCAGAAUAUCCCAGACCCCAGCCACCUCCCCUUGGUGGCUUCCUGGAAGACCUACCCUCUGUUCUUUGGCACGGCCAUUUUUGCAUUUGAAGGCAUCGGGAUGGUUCUACCCCUUGAAAACAAAAUGAAGGAUCCUAAGAAAUUUUCUCUCAUCCUCUAUGUGGGAAUGACUGUCGUCACUGCCCUCUACAUCAGCCUGGGGAUUCUGGGUUACCUGCAAUUUGGAGCUAACAUCCAAGGCAGCAUAACCCUCAACCUGCCCAACUGCUGGCUCUACCAGUCAGUUAAGCUGCUCUACUCCGUUGGCAUCUUCUUCACCUACGCCCUCCAGUUCUAUGUCCCUGCCGAGAUCAUCAUCCCUUUCUUUGUGGCCCGUGGGCCUGAGCAUUGCGAACUGGUGAUAGAUCUCUCCGUGCGCACCGUGCUGGUCUGUCUGACAUGCAUCUUGGCCAUCCUCAUCCCCCGCCUGGACCUGGUCAUCUCCCUGGUGGGUUCCGUGAGCAGCAGUGCCCUGGCCCUCAUCAUCCCGCCCCUCCUGGAGAUCACCACCUACUACUCGGAGGGCAUGAGCCCCAUCACCAUUGUCAAGGACGCCCUGAUCAGCAUCCUGGGUUUCAUGGGCUUUGUGGUAGGGACAUGUCUGACCCUGUAUGAGCUGAUCCAGCCAAGCAGCGCUCCCAUCUUCAUCAACUCCACCACCAGUGCCUUUGUAUAG